AGCGCUGCUGUGUCAGUGGUUACCGAGAGUAGGGCGCCAGAGCGCGGUGCUGUGGAGAAACAGAAACGGAGAGGGAACCACACACAGACAGACGGUUAUUACGGGAUUGGAACACAUAUUUCCAGGAUAAGAGACCGGUUAACGGAAAUAGUUGAGGUGGAUCUUCAAUAGUAAAGAUAUACAAUAUGACAGACAGCUAGCCCCCACCAAAGGAAGCAUGGCGUCAGCAUACCUGGACCCCAACCUGAACCACCAUGCUGGGUUGGGCGGUGGGGUGUCGAAGCCGGGGACCAUGGACCGCGUGCUCAAGAUCCACCACUACUUGGAGAGCAACAGUGAACCAUCCACCUGGGCCAGCCACAUCCGCCACGGAGACGCCACUGACAUCAGGGGUAUCAUCCAGAAGAUAGCAGACAUCCACAAGGUGAAGUGUGUUUCCUGUCUGGGCCUGCGUCUCAGCCACCUGCGCUCAGGGAACAUCCACUGGCUGCACCCCGACAUGGGGGUGUCCCGCGUCAGGGAGAGGUACGAGCUGCUCCACCCUCAGGACGAAUGGAGGUAAGAACUAG